AUGGGUGCGAUAACGAGCGCGGUGAUAGCAGUCGUUGGAGUGCUUUUGGGUUGGAUCACAAUAGAGAUCGCGUGUAAACCUUGUCUUGAAAAGGGUCGCGAAGCCAUUGAUCGAACUCUCAAUCCAGAUUACGAUCCCGACGACGAAGAAGACACCGCCAUUCGCGCCCCACUCAAUCCACCGGCCGUCUCUGACCACUCCUCCGCCCCCGCCGCUGCUUCCUCCAUCGCCGUCAAAGCCGGAAAGAAAAAUAGCGAAAGUGGAGAGAAUCCUUUGUUACUGUACAUAUAUGACAAGGGAGUAAACAUCGAGGUUUACCCACGUCAUUUAACAAAAGAAACUUUAAAAUGUGAAAUGAAGUAA